CAGGAGAGGAUGAGAGAGGCGCGUGGGCGGGAACUAGACCCUAGCUGGAGUAGAGCAUCCCUGACCGCGGCUCGGCUAACGGCUAGAAAAGCGUCUCCAGGCUGAUGCUGAGUCAGGUACAGGUGGAGGCACAUCCUGUUUGGGUUGGACCCUCCAGAAAUCAUGGAGGAGCUGGAACAUACCUGUCCACUGCCACGAACGACUCUUAUAGAACCAGCCAUAUUUACCCCGGAGACAAGCUGUGAGUGUCGGGCUCCACAUGAGAAGCUGUCUGUAGAGCAAGCUCGACGUGGAACGCCUGUGGACCGGCCGGUGCGAAUCUAUGCAGAUGGCAUCUUCGAUCUUUUUCAUUCUGGUCACGCUCGUGCCCUGAUGCAGGCUAAGAAUCUCUUCCCUAACGCCUACCUUAUUGUUGGAGUAUGUAGUGAUGAACUCACUCACAAGUACAAGGGCUUCACCGUAAUGACAGAAGACGAGCGGUACGAGGCAUUGAGACACUGCCGCUACGUUGAUGAGGUUUUGCGCGAUGCGCCCUGGACUCUGACCCAAGAGUUUUUAGAAAAACACAAGAUUGACUUUGUGGCGCAUGACGACAUCCCAUACUCCUCUGCUGGAUCUGAGGACGUGUACCAGCAUAUUAAGGAGGCAGGUAUGUUUGUGCCCACUAAAAGGACAGAAGGGAUCUCAACGUCUGACCUGAUCACACGGAUAGUGAGAGACUAUGACGUGUACGCUAGACGCAACUUGCAAAGGGGCUACACCGCUAAAGAACUGAACGUCAGUUAUAUUAAUGAAAAGAAGUACCGUCUGCAGAAUCAGGUGGACAGGAUGAAAGAGAAGGUGCGGACGGUAGAGGAGAAGUCCAAGCACUUUGUGUAUAGAGUGGAGGAGAAGAGCCAUGAUCUUAUCCAGAAGUGGGAGGAGAAAUCACGAGAGUUCAUUGGGAACUUCCUGGAGCUCUUUGGCCCAGAUGGGACAUGGAAGCAAAUGCUUCAGGAACGUAGUGGACGUAUGAUCCAGGCGUUCUCUCCACGCUGCUCACCCAGCAACAGCCCACCGAGGGACUAUUCCCCAUCACGCUCUCCAUCACCUCCAUCCCGCUGGGCCAUGCCCAGAACCUCACCGCCCACGUCCCCGAAGGGCGCCUCGGCCUCCAUCAGCAGCAUGAGCGAGGGUGACGAGGACGAGAAGUGAGGAAUAAACCAUCACACACACACACACACAAUAGACUGCACUUUACCCACAAACACACACGCAUUAAGAACGAUGACAGGUCAGCUACCCUCAUGGGAAAAUGUAAAGUACUGUACACAGCACAGGGUUGUUAAAGUCCUGUUUAGUUAUGCUGGUAUUACAACAAAUAUUUGAAAGCCAUUGCAGCCCUGAACAGAUCCUGAGAGAAGAUUUAAAUUCAAAUUGAGGGGGGAUUCACUGAAUGAACUGCAGCCACUAUUAGUGUCUUUUCUUUGCACAUACUAUUUGUUGUUUUAGCACCCAAAUUGUUAAAAAAUAUGAACAUCAACAGGAAUGAGCAUAUCAGUAUUAUAACGGUUAUUGGCCGUUAUAUUUAAUUGUUCUUGCUUGUUCAGUUGUUUGGUUUCCCGUAUUUUUAAAAUCGUCCAACAUUCACUUAAAAUUCAUCUUUAAACCCACUGAUAAUUGAAUAACACUGUUUUUACCAAAUCAUAUAAUUACCAAAUUAAAAUAAUUAUCCAU